ACAUUUUGGGUUUCAGAGCGGAGAAAGCGAGAGGGGCCGUGAGAGACCGAGCGAGAAGACCUUCUCUCUUUUGCCGUUUUUCCUCUUUGGUUUGAGGGAAGAAACCGAAAAAGAUCACUGUUCCUGGAUUCGUUGACGAUCCCCGAGUGCUAGGGUUUCUCCUCGCCAGAAAAGCAGACUGUUACAAAAUUUAGCUGGACUUGACAGGGAUUAUAAUCAAAAGCAGCCACUAGUGACAUGAUUUAACUUUUUUCAAGGAAACUGUGAUUAAAAAAAAAAUUGAUGUUACAAAGAUUUAGAGGCUGUUGUAACAAAACUAGCUUCUGGAAAUAAAUGGCAACAGAGAAUCCAUUGAGAUUAUUAGGUGGCAGUGGAGCUGGAAACUGGCCCAUAAGCAAGGAUGCUGCAACGUUUUCUUCAUCUACGAGUUGUAUAGCUGCAGAAGAUUUCGGGUUACUUUUAAAAGGGAACGGCUAUCAUGGAGACAGGAGUACUGCUGGCCCUAGCCGUAGUGGAAGUGCACCUCCCAGCAUGGAAGGUUCUCGUGCAGCAUUUGAUAUCCUGAAAGGCCUGCAAGCCUCUGGUUUUGAUGCUAGCUUGGAAAAUUUAGGCACAUCUGGAAGUUGUGUGUUGGAAGAGAAGCUCCGUGCCCAUCCAGCUUAUUUAGCAUAUUAUUGCUCCAAUGUGAAUUUAAACCCAAGGCUUCCUCCGCCUCUUAUGUCACGGGAGAACCGGCAUCUUGUGCACCAUAUUGGUGGGUUCGGGAAUGGUUGGAGAAUGUCUUCUUUUGAUGACAGCAUCAAUGCAUCUUUGUUUAUCUCUCGACCUACCCUCUCCACCCAUAAGGAGGAACCUGAGGACGAUAGGUCACCUAGACUGGAAACUAACAAUUGGCAGGAAAAAAAUGCUGAUACUAUCCCAGGACAAUCUACAUCUCCUUUUCAAGGGCGCCACAAAAGCCUUCUAGAUUUGAUACAGGAGGAUUUUCCCCGUACUCCAUCUCCUGUAUAUAAUAAUCAGACUCGUCCCUUAAAUCACAGUAUGGCAGAACAAGCAGCUGAUUCAGAUGGCUAUGUCAACCGUGUGCAUGAUUCUUCUAAGUCAGAGUUGAAAACAUCCACUGUGGGGGGCUUUGCUCGUGCACCUCUCCCAGGUGUACAUUCAGUUAACUCAAUGUCCAAUGGUGAUCUUGCUGCAGCCUCAGUUCCAUGUUCAACAUCCUCUAGCAGAAUGAUAAGGCCCCACUCAAGCCUAAGAGGAGACUUGAGCAAUGAUGACACCAGUUUGAACACUGGUAUUUUACGUAGUAGUCUGGCCGGUUCAAAUGUUGGCAGUAUCGAUAAUGACAUUAAGAGCUUAAAGAUAUCCAAUGAUGGCCACAAAAAUCAGCAUGCAAGGCAACAUCAUCAACAAAAUGGCUUGCAUGCACGAGACUCAUCUCAGGCACAGCUUUCUCGGUCUCAAAUAAUGCCUCAAGGAGUGCACCGUUCUCCUGUGGAUCAUUUUUCUCAAGGACAGUCAAAGUCAUCCUCGGUUGAAGUGCAACCACUAGUGCAAUCCACGGGUAUCACGCCACCUUUAUAUGCUUCUGCAGCUGCUUAUGGAGCUUCAUAUUACCCUAAUUUGCAGCCUUCUAGCCUAUACCCUCCCCAUUUUGGCAUAAGUGGAUAUGCUUUGAGUACCUCACUUAUGCCACCAUUGAUAACUGGCUAUCCUCCUCAUGGUGCUAUUCAUAUGCCUUAUGACAAUCCUGUCAGUCCAAGUUUUAAUGCUAGAGCUUCUGGAGUCACUACUGGGGGAAAUAUUAUUCCUGGAAUUGAUUUACAGCAUUUCUAUAAGAUGUAUGGACAGUUUGGUGUAGCAGUUCAGCCUACUUUUCCUGAUCCUUUAUAUGUGCCUUGCUUUCAUCAUGCUUCUGUGGACAUGUAUGCUGGUGCAGGUUCAUAUGAUCCAUUGGGAACCAGGGGAAAUGCCAAUGGAAGCACACCGGUUAAUUAUGAUCUGCAGAAAGGGCCAUCUCCUUCAUCAUAUUCACCUGAUCAGAGGCUCCAGAUUGCUAGUACUGGUGGGUUCAAUGCUUUGACUGCUAGAAAAGGGGAAACUGUAAGUCCUAAUUAUUAUGGUAGCCCUCCAAAUAUUGGUGUGCUAAUGCAGUACCCUACCUCUCCAGUAGCCAGUCCAGCAUAUCAAGGAUUACCUGUGGCUGGGACAAGCUUUUCAGGAAGGAGAAAUGAUAAUAUUGGGUUGCCAUUUAACUCUGGAAGAGCUGCAGGUGCUUGUUCUGGAUGGCAGGGACAAAGAGGGCGUGAGAAGGCUGAAGAUACAAAACCAUAUUCUUUCCUGGAAGAGUUAAAAUCCAGCAAAACUCGUAGAUAUGAACUAUCUGAUAUUGCUGGACACAUUGUUGAAUACAGUGCUGACCAGCAUGGGAGUCGAUUUAUUCAGCAAAAGUUAGAAACCUGUAGUAUUGAAGAGAAGGCAUCAGUCUUUAGAGAGGUUCUUCCACAUGCUUCGACAUUGAUGAUUGAUGUUUUUGGGAAUUAUGUUAUCCAAAAGUUUUUUGAGCAUGGAAGUGCUGAACAGAGGAAAGAACUUGCAAGUAAACUUGCUGGCCAUGUCUUGCCAUUGAGUCUUCAGAUGUAUGGCUGCCGUGUAAUUCAAAAGGCUCUUGAGGUUAUUGAGCUUGAUCAGAAAACACAGCUUGUCGAAGAACUUGAUGGACAUGUUAUGCGAUGUGUACGUGAUCAAAAUGGUAACCAUGUAAUACAAAAGUGCAUUGAGUGUGUACCAACAGAGAGAAUUGUUUUUGUCAUUUCUGCUUUUCGUGGUCAAGUUGCAACACUUUCUAUGCAUCCAUAUGGUUGCCGAGUAAUUCAGAGAGUGUUGGAGCACUGUACAGAUGAUUUGCAAAAUCAGUGCAUUGUGGAUGAGAUUUUGCAGUCAGCCUGCCAACUUGCCCAAGACCAGUAUGGCAAUUAUGUUACCCAGCAUGUUUUAGAGAGAGGAAAGCCACAUGAAAGAAGCCAAAUUAUCAACAAACUAGCUGGACAAGUUGUACAGAUGAGCCAGCAUAAAUUUGCAUCUAAUGUUAUUGAGAAGUGUUUUGAGCAUGGUAAUACUGCAGAACGGGAGCACUUGCUUGAGGAAAUAGUUGGACAGACUGAAGAAAAUGACAGCUUACUGAUAAUGAUGAAGGAUCAGUUUGCAAACUAUGUGGUUCAGAAGAUCCUUGAAACCUGUUCUGAUAAACAGCGUGAAAUUUUGCUUAAUCGCGUAAAAAUUCAUCUGCAAUCCCUGAAGAAAUACACUUACGGGAAGCAUAUUGUUGCUCGGGUUGAACAGCUAUGUGGUGAAGAAGCAGAAGCAGGUGCGUCUCUAUCAUGAAAUUUCAGCAACAGCACACACCAACAUCCGUCAGUACAUGGUAUCAGGUGGAGCUCCACUCACAUAAAUGCUCUCGGGUUAUGCUCAUACAGGAAGAGUAACUAAAUCCUGGAUAUUCUCCCCUGCCAAAUUUUCUCGGGAGCAGCUUUCAACUGCCUUCAGAAUGUACAGGUCAGGGCUCGUAGCGUAGGUAGUUUGACACUGUAAAGUUAGUAGAUCCUGUUCUACAUGUGUUUUAUACGACUUAUUUAAGGCGAUAUGAUAUAAUAUAUUUAUGCAAUAGCUAGACUUCAGCC